GUGUGGGCUUGAGUUGGUGCCGCUUGGGCGAUGGGCUGAGGGAGGGAGUGCUCCGCAUUUGCGAUUGGCAGCAGGCGGGGCUUCUCCCUGAGGAUGGAGAGAGCCAUGGAGCAGCUCAACCGGCUCACGAGGUCCCUGCGUCGCGCCCGCACUGUCGAGCUGCCGGAGGAUAAUGAAACUGCUGUCUACACUUUAAUGCCAAUGGUCAUGGCUGACCAACACAGGUCUGUUUCAGAGUUGCUGUCAAAUUCCAAGUUUGAUGUCAAUUAUGCAUUUGGACGUGUUAAGAGGAGCCUGCUUCAUAUUGCAGCAAACUGUGGGUCAGUUGAAUGUCUAGUUCUGCUGCUAAAGAAAGGAGCAAAUCCCAACUAUCAAGAUAUUUCUGGGUGUACACCGCUUCAUUUGGCUGCUAGAAAUGGCCAGAAGAAAUGUAUGAGCAAGCUACUAGAAUAUAGUGCUGAUGUCAACAUUUGUAAUAAUGAAGGACUGACGGCGAUACAUUGGCUUGCUGUUAAUGGAAGAACAGAAUUGCUUCAUGAUCUCGUUCAACAUGUUAGCAAUGUAGAUGUUGAAGAUGCCAUGGGACAGACCGCACUUCAUGUGGCAUGUCAGAAUGGCCACAAAACGACAGUCCAAUGCCUGCUAGACAGUGGUGCAGAUAUUAACAGGCCCAAUGUUUCAGGAGCAACUCCACUUUAUUUUGCUUGCAGCCAUGGCCAAAGAGAUACUGCACAGAUUCUUCUGCUGAGAGGAGCCAAAUAUUUGCCAGACAAAAAUGGAGUUACUCCACUUGACCUCUGUGUACAGGGUGGCUAUGGAGAAACUUGUGAAGUUCUAAUACAACAUCAUCCUAGACUUUUCCAAACAAUUAUUCAGAUGACCCAAAAUGAAGAUCUGCGAGAAAACAUGUUGCGACAAGUCCUAGAACACUUAUCUCAGCAGAAUGAAAACCAAUACCUAAAAAUCUUGACUAGUCUUGCUGAGGUGGCAACAACAAAUGGUCACAAACUGCUCAGUCUGUCAAGCAAUUAUGAAGCUCAGAUGAAGAGUUUGUUGAGGAUUGUGAGGAUUUUUUGUCAUGUCUUUCGUCUUGGCCCGUCCACUCCCAAUAAUGGAAAUGACAUGGGUUACAAUGGAAAUAAGACUCCGAGAAGUCAAGUGUUCAAGGUCAGAAAAGUAAUUGACGGUAUUAGGAAGAUAGACCUUAAAGAGGUGAAUUUCACAAAGCAUGCAUUCAUUAAGCAGGCAUCUCAUGAGGAGGAACCUCUGGAAUUACUCUGGCACUCAUUAGAUGAAUGGCUAGCUCUAAUAUCAGCAGAACUGAUGAAAAACAAAAGGGACUCUGCCAACAUCACUUCCAUCUUACUGAAGCAAAAAGGACCAGACCAGCAUGAUGGCACUCCUACUCCUCUCUUUGAUGUUGCUUCAUCUGAGAAGAGCAGAACGCUACCUGCAGACACAGGGGACUCUAAAACAUAUGAAGUUGGCAGUGCACAAGAAGCUUAUGCAGAUUACCAGGAUGUUAUUUCUGUGACAGCAAACCGCUUGAGCGCUGUCAUUCAAGCAUUUUAUAUGUGUUGUUCCUGUCAGAUGCCUUCGGGAAUGACAUCUCCUCGCUUCAUAGAGUUUGUUUGCAAACAUGACAACGUUCUUAAAUGCUUUGUAAACCGAAAUCCCAAAAUUAUUUUUGAUCACUUCCACUUUCUUCUUGAAUGUCCUGAACUCAUGUCCCGAUUCAUGCAUAUCAUAAAAGCACAGCCCUUUAAAGAUCGUUGUGAAUGGUUUUAUGAGCAUUUGAAUUCUGGACAGCAAGACUCGGACAUGGUCCAUCGGCCAGUCAAUGAAAGUGAUAUUCUGUUGGUCCACAGAGAUUCUAUUUUUAGGAGCAGCUGUGAAGUUGUGUCUAAAGCAAAUUGUGCAAAGCUGAAACAGGGAAUUGCUGUGCGUUUCCAUGGUGAAGAAGGCAUGGGUCAAGGCGUGGUACGUGAGUGGUUUGAUAUCCUAUCCAAUGAGAUAGUUAACCCAGACUAUGCACUUUUUACUCAGUCUGCGGAUGGAACCACCUUCCAGCCAAAUAGCAACUCUUCUGUAAAUCCUGAUCACUUGAACUACUUUAGGUUUGCUGGGCAGAUCUUGGGGUUAGCCCUGAAUCAUCGACAACUGGUGAACAUUUACUUCACGAGGUCAUUUUACAAGCAUAUUCUUGGUAUUCCUGUAAAUUAUCAGGAUGUGGCAUCUAUUGAUCCAGAAUAUGCAAAGAACUUGCAGUGGAUUCUAGAUAAUGAUAUCAGCGAUUUAGGACUAGAGUUGACCUUCUCUGUCGAAACGGAUGUAUUUGGAGCAAUGGAGGAAGUGCCUUUGAAACCAGGAGGUGCAAGUAUACUUGUCACACAGGAAAACAAAGCUGAAUACGUCCAGCUUGUCACUGAGCUUCGGAUGACAAGAGCCAUUCAGCCUCAGAUCAAUGCUUUCUUGCAAGGCUUCCAUAUGUUCAUUCCACCUUCUCUGAUACAGCUGUUUGAUGAAUAUGAACUCGAAUUGCUGCUUUCAGGCAUGCCAGAAAUCGAUGUGAGCGAUUGGAUGAAAAAUACAGAAUACACAAGUGGUUAUGAAAGAGACGAUCUCGUUGUUCAGUGGUUUUGGGAAGUUGUAGAAGAAUUGACUCAGGAAGAACGAGUGUUGCUUUUGCAGUUUGUUACAGGCAGUUCCAGGGUACCCCAUGGUGGCUUUGCACAUAUAAUGGGUGGUAGUGGGCUGCAGAAUUUCACAAUUGCUGCUGUGCCAUACACACCAAAUCUUCUGCCAACAUCAAGCACAUGUAUCAACAUGCUGAAGUUGCCUGAAUACCCAAGAAAAGAAAUCCUUAAGGACAGGCUUCUUGUGGCAUUACACUGUGGAAGCUACGGUUAUACAAUGGCAUAAUGAAGUUAGAAAAUGCAUCUGAUUUCUGAUGUGCAAUUCAGAGUGGCAGAAGUAAUUUAGGAACCUGUCAAUAAAAGGAAGGGAGGAGGGAACAGACUUGAUGCUUCAGUCCAAGGCAGGAUUUGACUUAAGCAAGUUGAAAAGGACCCGUGUCUGCCUCUAUCAUCAUAAGUCUUGGAUACUGUUUCCUAGUAUAUAUUAAAAGUGUACUGUGACUUCGGAUUUGAAAUAAGGGUUCUGAAUUAAAAAUGGCAUUAAUGCCUCAUCUGACUCUCUAAUUAGAGGGCUGUCAAUGUGAUUCUGGUUGUCUUUAUUUUAACUAAGAAGCAGCUAUGUGCUUGCCUGCCUGUUCGAGACUACUUAAUGGCGGUUGGAGGACUUCUCAAACCAUGGCCUCCUGGGGCUUUUGAUGCAGCCUCCAAGGCAUUCAUCUGCUCCAUAGAAAUGUAUGGAAUAAGCGUGGUCUGGGACCUCACCUACAGCCACUGUUCAAGUCCAGGUUGAAAAUCACUGCAUUAAGCUCCUUCUGUUUCAUUGCAAAAGGGUAACUGGCACAGGGUUGCAGCCACAGCCUUUUCCUCUAUGCUGUCUUGCAUGCAGAAAGUGCCAUUUAUUUAUUUGUUUGUUUGUUUCCCCAGGAAGCAUUUUACAAAAAAGUUCAAAUUGGUAUG